AUGGUGACGCCGAAUACUAUUGGAAAUCUUUCUCUUCUAUCAGGAAGUACUACGGAAGGUCAAACUUACGCACGUCAUAUGGCAAACCAAAAUAUUCAAGAUAUUGAUAUUCUUAUCCAUUGUGGCAUCAUUAAAUCAAAGAAAAAUCUUAUUCAAACAAGUGUUCCAGGAUUUGUCAGGAUUAGGUUUGAUGAUGGAAUAGAAGCCACUGGUAGUACGGAAUUUACAGCUCAAGACGAUGCUAAUGGUGUUUGUUGUCUAAAUGGAUUUCGACUCAAAGAAAUAAAUUGUACAAGUGAAAAAAAAAUUGGUGCUCCUUUAUGUUAUGUUCAGCGAUCAGGUCAAACAUCAUCUGAUGCAUCUAGUGCAGCUGCAACACAAACUUUGAGCUAUGAAACAAUUGAUAUCAGCAAACAGUUUCGCAAUGCUCUUCUAUCCAUAGAACAACAACGUAAUCAGCUAUAUUUUGAUACUAUUCGAACAAACUAUGUUCUAUUCAGUAAAGGUGUAUGUCAAUCCAUAGCUCAAUAUGCUUUGCCAUUAUACCAGACGCCUUACACUGCAACGAUGUUUGAAGAACAACAUAUCAAUGAACAAACUUUUCGUGAUCUAUUCACUUUAGUAGGUCCUGCCUAUGAUCAUAGUUUACCACAAGUGACUCUGGUCCGCAUUAAAGCUCUUCUCAAUUUCUAUGAUAAAUAUGCCUUUAUUGGUAAUCCCAAGAGUAUUACGGAUAUGGCAGACUAUUUUAAAUCUUGUGCUCCUGUUGAUGUUGAUCUCGUUCCUUCACUUCAAUUGAAGUUUUGGCCGGCAGAUAUUCAACCUUUUCUAGAUCGAAUCAAAAGUAAUCGUCCACAAAUUUAUCGUUUGUUGAUAGACAAAACAUCGAUGCAUGUCAUUCCGAAAUGGUCAACAAAAACGCCACGAUGUGAUCGGGAGCUUGAGUUUCGAUAUUCAUUUUCAGCCAUUGAGUUGAUUCUCGCUCAACAACGUUCCGUCAAAGAACGAGUCUUGAAUGGAAUUGCACGAAGCAUUUAUUAUAAAUUUUUGAAAGGUCAAAAAGUAUCAACACAGAACGUGAUACCGUCUUAUUUCAUAAAAACCACAGUAUUAUGGAUGUGUGAAACGAUGGAUUUCACUACUGAUAAUGAAGAAACAUUGGCCAAAAGAUGGCUCCAGUAUGCUAUCGAUCGAUUAAAUGAACGUGACUGUCCACACUAUAUCAUUCCUGAUUUGAACGUACUCGAACCAUAUUCUGCUGAAUCAUUACAAAAAGCUGUAGACAUUUUAUCACAAGUAGAUAUCAACGAGACUCAUGAAAUACAAAUGUUUUCUGCUAGUAAUCAGGAACUCUAUCGGAACAAAUAUAAUAAAAAUCUUGCCUAUUUUUUGAGUCAAAUGAAAGUCAUCGAUAUCAUCAAUGCUCUACACAAUUAUCGACAAUUUAAAAAAAAUUGGAUCUGUUUAGAUUCACAGCUGAUAAUCGAUGAUGAUGAAACAGAUAUGAAUGAAAUGCUGACUAUUCUCAACACAUUACGUGGGUUAGAUGGUGACUAUGAAAAUUGGAAAAAAUUUCGAGAAAUAUUUUUAGCCCGCACACCUUCUUUACCACCAAUUUGGGGUGAAACAGUGAAUGUUAAUAGUGCUGUUGAUUUUGCUGAAGGUUUACUCAGCAUCGGUGUAAUUCUCACAUUUAUGAAUGAAUAUGUCGCAUCGAACAACUUACUAUCCUUACAAGGCGCACAGUGUGAUGUGCAAGAUUUUCAAAACUAUCAAAAUGUCAUUCAUCAAUAUUUAGACUCACAGACACUUUAUACAAGUUUACAAUCCACAUAUGCUUACUGGUACAAUACAUCAGUAGCCGCGUUUGAACGACGACGACUAAUUGAUUAUCAUCCUUAUGGACCCGAAAUACAAUCAACUGAAGUCACAAAAGAAAAGAAUCACUCCAAGGUUCUCAUUGAACUGUGUCAAAAUGCUCCUGAUCAAUACAUAACCUUGAGAGAUCUCUAUCAGCAACCUUUCCUGAACACUAUAACAGAGGAUGAACUGAUAGCUCUCGCUAUUCAGAGAUCCCUUAAAGAUCAAGGCAGUUCAACAUGA